AACAAAUAAGAAGAUUAGCAAUCAGUAUUAAGUUUGAUUAGUGGAAUAGUAAUUAUCAUAAAAAAACGUCGGGUUACCAAAUUCGUACCUCAAGCCUUUCUCGCAUAGCAGCUUGUUUUCAAAUAUCCGACUACACUUGGGGGUUUGUCAUAUCCAAAAAAAAGAACUAUAUUGAAACAGCUAUUAUAAUCCGUACAUAACUAGAAGCCGUUAGUAUAUUAUUGUAUACUAUACGCAUCAGUUUUAUCAGUUAGUCUUUUAGGUUGAAGGUUAGAUGGUCAGGAUGAAUCAUAUCGAGGAGGCGAAGCUUAGGCAGUCCUUAACGGAUAUGAGGUAUCAAAAUCCAGAAAUAACACGUAAAGAUAUUUCAAGUGUGUUACGUGUUUAUGGAGGUUUAAUGCAUAAGGAGGAACGGUUUGUAUUCAAUAAUGGCUCUUGUAAGGAAUUAAUUAAUUUGCAAGGAACAAUUCCUGUUAGCUACAAAGGCAGUACCUAUAAUAUUCCAAUAUGCAUUUGGCUAAUGGAUACUCAUCCAAAUAAUGCACCAAUGUGUUAUGUAAAACCAACAGCAGAUAUGACAAUAAAAGUCAGCAUGUAUGUGGACCACAAUGGCAAGAUUUAUUUGCCUUAUCUACAUGAAUGGGUUCCUCAUUCAUCUGAUCUAUUGGGUUUGAUCCAAGUAAUGAUUGUCACAUUUGGUGAACAGCCUCCAGUUUAUGCAAGACCCAGAUCUGAUACUCAGUCAACAUCUACACCAUACCCUGUUCAACCAGCGUUCAUGCCUGUUCCUAGCACAGGAUCUAAUUCAAGUGGAUUCCCACCGUAUGUUCCUACAUCUCAAUACGGCUCAGGAAACACUGCCUAUCCUCCAUAUCCAACAGGUGGAGGACCUACUUUUCCUCAGGCUGGUUAUUCUCCUUAUCCAGGAACUACGCCAAGUUAUCCUGGACAAUAUGGUGGCUCAUAUCCAACACCGUAUCCUUCUGCUACACAACCAUCCCCAACUUUACCUGAAAGUUCUGGCGGCGGCUCGGGUACAAUCACUGAGGAACACAUCAGAGCUUCGCUUCUUUCUGCUGUGGAAGACAAACUUCGUCGACGCUUGAGAGAACAGUUUUCUCAGCUACAAGCGGAAUUAGAAACUUUGCGUAGAACGCAGCAGGAACUCGUUAAUGGUUCUAGUCGGCUCAAGGAUCUCUUUAGUAAACUUCAGAAAGAGAAAUCGGAGCUUGAAAAGAAUAUAAAUAUUUUGCAAGACAAGGAGACCGAACUUGAACGUGAGAUUUCAAAGCUCUCGGAGAAUCAGUCCAUUGACGUGGACGAAGCUGUGACUACUAUUGCACCACUAUAUAAACAAAUGCUUAAUGCAUUUGCUGAGGAAGCUGCCACUGAAGAUGCCAUAUAUUAUCUUGCUGAGGGCUUGCGUAGCAGUAUCAUUGAUUUGGAUGCCUUUUUAAAACAAGUAAGACAACUGUCAAGAAGACAAUUCAUGCUAAGGGCCUUAAUGUUGCGCUGUCGACAAAAAGCAGGACUGGCUGGCUGAUGGACUGGAGCAUCAUUAAGAUAUUAUUAAUACACUUUGAAAAUAUAAUUAUGUGCUAUUUUACUAUUCAAACUGUCCAUGUAUCUAAACAAAAUAAAAAUGAUAUACCUA